CUAUGCAAUAGGAAGCGAACAAAUUCAUUAAUUUGCUAUAUUUUAACGCGUGUGGAGAAAUAGUGCUGUCUUAAAACAUACGCAUUAAAAGCGAAGCUAUUAAAUAAAAAAUUUCUGAUAAUAACAAUGCGAAUUAAUGGACAUUGAUAUUGAACAUCCAGUGAAUUAUGCUUAGAAAAUUAACAGCUGCUAGGCUAGACAAAGGAAUUUAAGUUGUUGGUGGAUAAAUGUGAUUCUAGAAAAAAGGGUGUGAAAAACUACAUUCUAUAAAGCAUUGUAGUUUUAUGCAUAGUGAAAAGGCAAGAGAAAAAAAAGUAUCAGACAGUGCCAUAAAAAUACACGGAAGCAUUUUUACGAAAGAAAAUUACGAAAUAAAAUUUUUUUGGCAUUUUAUAAGAAAAAAAAAGCAACUUUGAAAAUAUCAUUAAAAAUUGUGUAAAAAAGUCCGUUAUAAACAAAAGAAAAAAUAUGUCAACACAACGCAUUAAUGCAGCUGAAAAAGAUUUAGAGAAAUUUAUUAAAUUUCUCGCACUUAAGUCUACACAGGUGGUCGUUCAGUCACGUUUAGGCGAAAAAAUGCAAACGAAAUGUAGCCCUCUCGCUGGCAAUGAUUGGUUUAAUAUUGUCGUAGAAGAUCAUCCAGAUGUUUAUGCAGAAACGAAACGAGCAUUAGCUUUGCAACCGGGAGAAACCAUACUGCAACGCUUGCCAUUAUGCAUUGAAAUAUCUUUAAAGACUUCCGAAGGUGAUCAAAUGAUAUUGGAGGUAUGGUCUUUGGAUUUGCAAACGCCAGCCCAACUAAGGCAAAAGGAUAACGAUAAAGGCGAUAUUAAUGGAACAAAUGCUACUUCUGCUGGUUCGGAACAACAAUGUUUAAAAGCGGCUCAUGCUAUUUACAAUCGUAUGGGUAUACUAUUAAAAUCUCUCAUAUCUUUGACACGAGCUACGCCGGCUUAUAAACUAUCAAGGCGUCAAUGCUCGGAUUCGUACGGUAUUUACUAUAGAAUCUAUGUUGAUCGACCGCAAUUGCAUACACUGGGAGAAGGCCACAAAUCAGUGCGUAUCGGUCAGUUGAAUACGAUUGUUGGUAAUCUUGUAAUGUCGGUAGCCUAUCGCACGAAAAUGACUAUAACACCUACGACAACAGCCGUGCAAACUCGUACUCGUGAAAUUAAUACCAUAAUGAUAGACUCGAAUCACUUUAGACCAUCUGAUGCCACACCCAAGGAUAAAUAUACUAACGGUUUAAAUAUGAAAAAAGGUGUGGGCGGCGGAGAAGGUGAACGCAAAAUAAUCGAUAUCGAAAAGCCUUUACGUCCUGGUCCUUUUACAGACGUCGCAAAACUACGCCAAUACACCGAAGAAGAUUUUAUAUUGCCUGAAACGCCACCAUUUGAAUGGUUACUACGUAAACCGAGACAUGAAAGCACAGGUAGUGGAGGCACAGGAGGAUCUAUUGAAUCGCUUAAUCAUAAAUGCGAUUCGCCCGCAACGCCUCCGCUAGGCAAUGGCCAUCAACAUAAUAUUAACAACAAUGCAAAUACUAAUAACAAUGGCAGCAAUGCAAACAAAAACAAUGCCGUAAACUCUUUAAAAUGUGUUGAGAAUAGUGAAAAUGCACAGCAAUCAAUACAACAAAAAUCGCCCGCCAACUCGACACACUCACAAUCACCUGUUAAAAGUCUAUUUGUGCCUGUACCACCGGCCACGCGUCAUAGUUCAGCCCCUCAUUUACCGCAUGCUCAUCAGGCGGCAGCUUAUUCGGCAGACGAUAAAAAUUUACUGAAAGAAUUAAAUUUUCCUUUUGCAUCGCCCACGUCACAUGUAAACGAUUUGGCCAAGUUUUAUCGUGAUUGCUAUCAUGCACCACCUUUAAGCGGCUUGAGUGAAUUGCAAAAUGAAACUACAACCAGCACAGCCGCAACAUCGAAUACCGACGAUAACGACGAUGCCGCAAUAACGAACAGCGGCGACGACGGCGCACCAGUUGGCGAUGUCUCCACAGUCGAUGAUCUUUCAAGGCAACUUGCACAAUUUGAAACCUCAUUGGAAGACUACGAUAAACUUGUUUCCCAAUUUGCCACACUAACCACGUCAUCGUCAACAGGCAGCCGUAGUAGCAAUGGUCUGCAAAUGAGUAACUAAACUAUAUAUAUAUAUAUAUAUAUAUACAUAUGUAUUUAUAUAUGUAUGUAUAUAUAAAUAUUGCCAAAUAUGGAGAAAAAUAACAUGAAGCGGAAAACGGAAUCAUGAAUUCAUGAGAAAAAAAAAAAA